AUGACGCCCAAACAACCCUGGUCAGAAGAAGAGCUUCGCGUUCUUCUCCUCCUCUACACACAAUGGAAUCUCUCCAAGCAGAGGAAGCUCGUCCACCAAGUCUUCACGACGAUCUUUCCCGACUGGAAAGGUACUCAACAUGCUCUACACCGAGAGUUCAGCGGUCGAUUUGGAGAUGGCACGAGUCCUCUCUGGUACGAUAUCGAUCGACCCAACAAAGAACGCCAAGAACCAUACACUACUGAGGAACUGGCCACGAAUAUGGCAUUGUUUGAAAGAAUCACGAGCUCGGUUGAUGAAGCGACGAGGAAAGAGCUCGAUCAAUUUUUGAGUCGUUCAUGGCCGCAUUAUCUCGAUGGCGAUUGUUGGCGACAAGCCACGGCGGAUAGAUUCCGUCGAGAGCGGGAGGAACGUGAGAAAAGGGGAGAUGGAGCUGGCAGCCAUGCGGGUUCAUCGAAGAGUCAAGCUGGAGAAAAAGAGGCGGGCAAGGCUGAGGAAGAGCGGCCAAAGGCCAAGGGCAAAGAGAAGUCGGAUGAAGAGAACCGGGAAACUGAACCGAUCACGAAAGCUCCAGAAAAGACUGGCAAAGGCAAAAAGAAAGCCCCAUUUGGAUCGAUGGGAUCCGCAGAAUGGCAGCAAAGGCACAUCGAACAGAGAGACCGCGAACAGGCUCGCAAGGAGAAACAAGCAAAGUUGCAAGAAAUGAAGUCAGGCAGGAAUCUCCGAUCUAGGCGUGAUAAGGUGGAGGAGUUCGAAGCCACGAUUGCCAAGGACGAUGUGGAGGAAGAUGAGGACAUGGAUGAUGACGACGGUGAACUGUUCGAGAAGCCAGCAAAGCCAUCGAACCCUUCUCGUACGUACGGUACGAGGUCCAAAGCUGACAACAAGCCCUUUGGCAAGCUGAAGACCCCAAGCAAGAAGCCCAUUGAAAUCUCCAGUGGAGAUGAGGAGGAGGAGGAGGAUGAGAUCGAUGAGAUUCCGGCCAAAGUUACAGCAACGCAACAUUCCAACGCGAGACAGGCGUCCAAGCCUACUCCGUCUCUCAGAAAAGCCAGAGCCAGAACUGCCGCAGGAUCGGAGGAUGAAGAAGACGCGAAAGUGAUAGAGGAUGACGAGGACGCCGAAGCGGGCCAGAAACCCACCAGACCUCGAGCACCUGCACGACCUUCUCGCAACCAGAGCUUGCUAUCAGCUCACCUGGCCGCUGUCGAUUCGGGCAAAAUCAGAAAGCCCGUAGCGCCCGAAAAGCCCGACGAUGAAGAGGAGGAACAAGGUGAGGAUGAGAUCAUGCAGGACCCAGCAAAACCUUCAGCAUCCACACGAGUUUCAAGUCGUCAGAAGGUUCCAUCUACCCCUGCAGUGACUUCUCCCCGUCGUACCAGAGCGCGAGCAGCGUCGGCGACCAACGAGAGCAACGACGAAAAGGAAAACGAUGUCGAGCAGACACCAGCUAAUCCUUCGGCUAUCAAGCGAGCUUCACGCUUUCGGAAGACCAAGUCUACUCAUGUCGCAUCGACCAGACAGACCAGAGGCACGGCACAGCGCGCUUGGGCGACUGAUGACAAGGCAGAGUCCGAUGAAGAAGAGAUUCCGCUGUCUGAGGAGGACGAGGAGCUCCCGGAUGUCCAGGAGGAAUCAGAAGACGAAAGGUAG